GAGAUGGAGAAAGGUUGAUUCCGAUUCGGUCUCAAACUCGCGCAAAUGGAAGAAUUGUUUGAGCCCAGGGUCGUCAGUCAUGGCGGAAGGCCCAAGAAUUUGGUGAGCCCUCUCUCUUAUCCGCUAGCUCCAUAGUCCACAAUCCAGGAUUGCGAUGCAAAAUCUCCCCGGCAGUAGGCGAGCGAGGCGAUUCCAAUCUCCACCGCGUUGUUGAACGGAGAGACUUGAGAAUUCAGAACUUGUUGGGAGUUUUGAUUCUGAUCCUAAACUGAAUUUCAACUUCGUUUUCCUUCAAUUCCCUUUCUCCUGAUGUUUCAUCAGCAGCAACCUCCUCCUCCUUCCUCUUCUUCUUCUUCCGUCCCUCUCUAUUUCCCUCCUCAGCCUCACAUUGUGAAUGCUAAUCCUUCUUUCCCUCCUUUCCCUCAGCCUGUUUUACCCCCCGGCGUCCCUUCCGAGCCCGGUCUCCACCCUCCCGGCACCGACCCUUAUUCCAAUUCCGCCGUAUUAACCUCCACCUAUGUUGGAUUGGAACCCCAACCCCAGUUUUAUGCUGACCCAGCUCUUGCUUCUCAUAAUUGGGUCGUUCCGCAGCCCGACCCCGCUGGAUUUGCAUUCAAGUCUUUGCUUGAGAAUCAAAUAGCUUCCACGAGUUCUAAUUCUUUACUGAAUGGCAAUUGGGCAACUCAAUCCUUGGCACACAAUGCAACUAGGAUGAAACAUGUGAAAACCAAGUUCACCCAACCUGUGCGAUGUGAAGUUUGCAAAAUUGACUGCAAUAGUAAAGAUGUUUUUGAUAAACAUGUAAUGGGAAAGAAACACAAGAAGAAUUUGGAAGUACAGAACAGUUCCUUGACACGAAGUAUUCCCUCUGAUAGUAACAUAAAUAUGCCUAACCAAACAGGCAAUGUUAGUGGACAAGUGGCAGCACAGGGGACUCCAGAUGUGCCUGCUGCUAGUAAAGGUCCAAAGACAAAGAAGCGUAAACUUAUAGAUAGUGGUAUGAAAGCUGAUUCUGCGAGGGUUUGUACCGUAUGCAACGUGGUCUGCAAUAGUCAAGAGGUUUUUGAUAAACAUCUGAGUGGGAAAAAGCACGCAGCUCAGGCUGCCUUAACAUCCCAAAAUCCCUAUGUUUCUGCUACCGGGCCCCAACACGAUGGCAGCUUGAAGAAGAAACCGAAAAAGAACAAGGUCGUUCAGUUUGCCUGGUGUGAGGUUUGCAAGAUCAGCUGUAACAGCAAUGAAAUCUAUGCCAAGCACCUAUCAGGAAAGAAACACUUAAAGAAUGUAGAAAAAGUGGAAAAAGGAAAGAAUGAUGUAGGUGCUUCAAAUGCUCCACAAUCGGCAACGGUUCCAGUUAUCGGACCAAUGGAAAACCCAGCUGCCAACAACCCAAGUAGUGAUGAUAUACAGAAAACACAGAAGAGUUCAACUCAAACACCAGAAGAUCUGGAGACAAAGAAACGUAAGAUUGUCGAAAGCGGUACGGCAGCAGAUUCUGUUAGAACCUGCACCAUAUGCAAUGUGGUUUGCAAUAGCCAGACGGUGUUUGAUUCUCAUCUGGCUGGCCAGAAGCAUGCUUCCAUGAUGAAGAAACAAGGUGCUUCUGGAAUGUCAAUGGUAGUUCCUCCACUAGUAACUGCACUUCCAAAUUAGUUUCUUUGGGAGAAAAGAAAAACCCAUCCCGUUUUCGCAACCAAAUCACUGUGUAUUUGUUUUCUGAUGUUUCCCAUAUGUUCUUCUUUGUGAUGUAUUUUCUUCUACUUCAAGUUGUCAAAAUAUAAGUCGUUGGUAGGGGGCGGAGGGAUAUCAUAGAUUUCUAAUUACAGACGGUGAUUUUGCAGUUGUAAACUAUAUCGUAGAUAAUAGUACUUGGUAUUUUGGCCAAGUUUCUAAUUCCUAAAGAAAGCAUAUUUGGUGACA